CAUAUAACCACAUUACAACACCGCCUCACCACAGCAUCAUUCGUGUCUUCAAGCAUCACCCAACGAACGUUCGCUGCACUCAGCUGGAGCAAGAGAAUCAAAGUCUUCGACAAAGCUUGGUCAUAGUUGAGAGGAAAGUGGCAGAAACUGGAAAUGCGUUGUCGAAGACGCAAGAAAAUUUUCUCACCCUGGAGCAGAUUGCAACCAGGCGAAAGGAGUGGCUGGAAAGCAAGUUUGGCACUGACCAACUUCAGGCUUCACAGACUGGUAAUAGUGAAGGCAGAAAGUGGACCUUGGAUUCCGUUCACAAGGGAAUUGAAAUGAGGCUAUCAGGUGGAACUUCAGGUCGGAAAACUGCUAACGAUAUUUUGAUUCCCUUGCCUGGAGUACGAACUAUCCAGCGCAGGACCCAGAGUAUAGUAAAACUCCCCUCUAAGCUGAUUCCCUCCUAGCUUUUUUUAUUUUCCUCGCUGUGUAGUGCGAGCUCGCCGAGUGACAGCGGGUGAUGAGGGAGGCCAUAAACGGGCCAGGUCGGGCCGGGUCGGGCACGCGAACCCGACUUGUCGAGGCCCGAAUCCUCUAGAACACACGAUGCAUUGCAAUGCCCGCAAUGCAACACAAUUUUUCGGAAUAUUUUCUUAUUUUGAGCUGUUUUGCAUUACUCCGUAUAAAGAUGGCAAAGGCUCUGUCAACUUUCGGAGGGUUGCCUCGACAAGUGGUUGCAAGACCUGCGAAACGAAGGAAAUACAGUUGUUUGUCCAGAAGGGAUGGUGGAGGUGGAUUUUGGGGAGGGAUAUCGUGAGGGGGAGGAGGAGGAAGAUCACGUUGGGCGCUGCUUUAAUGGAAUACUGGACUGGUCAAGAGACAAGCCCGACUUUGUUCAAAAAAUGGCAGAGAGUCUCUGUGAUUAUUAUAAUAAUAAUUAGAGCUGUUUCUUCUUCUUUUGACAAUAAAACCAACAAAUUUUACUAUGCUUGUGGCAGAGUGUUGCGCCCGCUUUUGUCAGGGUCCCAAGGACAGCGAAGAGGAUCUCGCGGACCAGGCCAAGUCGUGGGGCCUGUUCCAGGAGAUCGUGAGGCUCUGCGAUAGCGUGGCGAGGAAGGCCGACUCCUUGGUCCACAACGUGACGACGAACGGCCUCGCGUCGUGGCGUCAUGGCGUUGGUCGCCACGCUCAUCGCGGCGAAGCGGAUUGCCUUCCACAAGGGGCAGCGCUAUGAUUUGCGUAUCACGGCGGCAUCCUUGUCGCACUCCAGGGGGCCAGGCUGGAUGGUUUCGCCUCUGCGCGCCCACUAGAAGAGGACGCCAACCCGCGUCAAAAUGCUUGGCGAAUGGUGGCAGAGGCACGCGGCGCGCAAGCGGCUCCGUUACGCCGAAAAGCAGGCCAACGGUGAGCCCACCAAGAAUAAGCGCCGCGGGGCCAAGCCGGACCCCUUCUACGCGGGCAAGGACGCUGACAAGACCGCCGAGGAAGUCCUUGCCGCGGACCCUGACAUAUCCGGCAAGGCGUUUGAUGAUGCGAUGGCGGCGGAAUGGCAAAAGACUGUGGAAAUCUCCGACACCGCGGAAAAGCGCGCCGCGAAGGAAGAGACCCGCGGCCAGUCCGACAGCGGGGAGUGGCACCGCUUGCGGCGUCUGGUCAUUCCCUCUACGCGCUUUUACAAUGUGGCGACGCGGAAGGACACCAUGCCGUGCCACGCCCUGGUUCUCGCCUUUGUCUACGCUGCCAACACGAACCUGGGAGAAAUGGACGGCCCGGUGAAGUAUGGCAAUGACAACGAGGCCGUCGCCGUCCAGAAGUACGUGGACGAGGUGGAGUCCAAGCUGCCCGCCGACGAGCAGAGGCAGUGAGUACGGUCUCAUCUUCAACGUGAAAUGGCCGUUCUUGUGCACCUCGCCCGAACGCCUGCUGGGGACCGACGGCCUCCUGGAGGUGAAAUGCAUCCACCCGAACACCAUCGCCCCCUUCAAGAAAUUCCGGCUUUUCCUCCUGGAGAAGGCUUGUCUGCGAGAGGAGGCCGCUGAAAAGAGGAAGGAGACUGCGCUCAGGCAAAGGCUGGCCAAGGCAUCGGGGGUGACGGUCUCGGACAUCGGGGCAGAGGCCAGCGAGAAGGGUAAGAAAAUUGCCGAUAUUUGUUUGGAGCUGACGAAGGAAGGCGUCAUGCAACUCAAAACCAGCCACAAGUAUUACUACCAGAUCCAGGGGCAACUGGCGCUCACAGAGCACGAUUUUUGUAACCUUAUUGUAUAUACUAAUGAUGAUUUAUUUGUACAAAGAAUUACUUUAGACGCCAACAAGUGGAAAAAAGAUGUAGGCACAAUGGAGAGAUUUUUCCGCGACUGCGUGCUGGUGGAAAGAUGUUUACACAGGAAAAGCAAGGGGCUCACCUGCAAGGACCCCGACUGGAUCGUUGGGAGCCCGCCCGUUCAAUUUCUACAUAUGUUAAAUAAAAAAAUAGAUAAAUUGUUUAAUUUGAGAGCUAAAUUUCAACAUCAGUGAAAAAUGUAAAUUUGCUCAUUUAUUUGUGUCAUUUACUUGCAUUAUUUGCAUCACCUCCAUUUCUGUGUAUUUGUAUGUCUGUUAAUUUGUAUAUUCGUUUCUUUUUGU